UGGAGGAAGAACAUUAGAGAGGAGAAGGCGGAGACAGGGGUCUACGUCUACCUUGGAGCUCAUCCUUUUUCUCCACGCCCGAUUCUCCCCUCUCCUUCUCCUUCUCCUCCUCCUCUAGAACAAUGCGGUAAAAUCACGGCUGCCUGAUUGAUUGCAGUCCAACAAUGGUUCGGGUUCCGAGACCGAGAGACAAGACAACAACUACAGCGCCGACCAAGUUUGGUUUUAUUAGAUUAGAUUAGAUUAGAUUGGAGCAGAGCAGGAGGACGUCUCUCCAUUUUCGGUGGCUGUUCUUGGCUUGCUGCCGACAAAGGGAAUCUGGAUCCUAUCCCCUACCUAACCCUCCUCUCCAUCGAUUCCCGCCUCUUUCCCAACCAAGGUACGCAGUAAUUCUUUGCUCUGAUGCUCCUGCUGCAAUCUCCUGAGGGUGUCUGGAUUUAUUCUUUUUUCCCAACGCACUUCCCUCUGAUGAAUCGGCCUGCCUGCACUAGGAAGCUCUAGCCUGCUCUGAUUUCUCUGGUUACUUUCUUCUAAAAGCACCGGAAUUCUCCCCCGACGGAUCCAGUGACCAGAUCCCAGCAAUCGAACCCCAAUUAGCUACUCUUCUUGUUGCCUUCAAAAUGCAUCAUGUAUGCAAUGCACUUAACUUGCACUGUUCUUGCUGAUCUGGCUGACCAACCAGGACGCCGGGCGGUCUAGCUGUUGGAUGUGAGAAUCGGAUCGAUAUGGCGUUCGGACACACGCGGCUGGAUGUCCGGCGGCCGCAGCAGUCCUCCUCCUCCUCCUACUGCUCCUACUCCACCACCACCGUCGUCGUCUUCGUCGCUCUUUGCUUGGUCGCUGUGUGGAUGGCCUCCUCCAUGCUCGUCACCCCUGCCGAGUUCUCUCCUUUCCAGCCCAAAGUCCGGCCAUUGGUGCGUCAUGACCCUCCUCCUAUCGCCGGAGGCUUAACCAAUGUCGAUGGGGGAGAUGCCACUGGCGAAAUGGAGCGUGAUGUGCCCGUUGAUCCAGUUCCUGCGAAGGAAAACACUGAUGAGCCGCCUGUAAGAGAAGAAGAGCCUCCUGUAAAACAGGACACUGUGACAGAGUCCAGUGUGGAUGGCGCAAAUCAGCAGCAAGAUCUCAGAGAACAAGCCAAGCAACCUGAUGAACAGAAUGCCUCAGAGCUGAAGGAGAAGUUCGAUGAGGAGGAACAGGCUCAAAAGAAAGAUAAGUCUGCAGAGGUGUUCCCCGACGGGAGUCAAGCGGAGCUUCUAAACGAGACCACUACGGAGCGCGGACCAUGGCCUACUCAUGCUGCAGAGUCCAACAAGGACACUAAGGAGCAAACCGCAGCAUCGAGUAGCCCAUUGAGUUAUAGUUGGAAGCUCUGCAACGUUGUGGCUGGAGCAGAUUAUAUUCCAUGCCUCGACAAUGUACAAGCUAUCAAGAAGCUUCGAUCUACAAAGCAUUAUGAACAUCGAGAAAGGCAUUGCCCUGAAAAGCCUUCUACCUGCCUUGUUCCUCUGCCAGAGGGGUACAGAAAUCCGAUAAGGUGGCCUAAGAGCAGAGAUCAGAUAUGGUACAAUAAUGUUCCUCAUACUAAGCUGGUAGAAUACAAGGGACACCAGAACUGGGUUAAGGUUUCUGGGGACUACCUCAGCUUUCCGGGAGGUGGGACUCAGUUCAAACAUGGUGCAUUGCACUACAUUGAUUUCAUUCAGGAGGCAAAGAAGGACAUAGCAUGGGGAAAACGAACUCGUGUAGUUUUAGAUGUUGGUUGUGGAGUCGCUAGCUUUGGUGGAUAUCUAUUUGACAGAGAUGUUCUCACUAUGUCAUUUGCACCUAAAGAUGAGCAUGAAGCUCAGGUGCAGUUUGCUCUUGAGAGAGGAAUCCCUGCUAUAUCAGCUGUUAUGGGUACAAAGAGGCUCCCAUUUCCCAGUAGGGUAUUUGAUGUUGUUCAUUGUGCACGCUGUAGGGUACCAUGGCACAUUGAAGGUGGUAAACUCUUGCUAGAACUGGACAGGCUGUUGCGUCCUGGCGGUUACUUCGUGUGGUCUGCUACUCCUGUAUACCAGAAGCUGCCAGAAGAUGUUGAGAUAUGGCAAGCAAUGUCUGCGCUAACAAGGUCAAUGUGCUGGAAAAUGGUCAACAAAGUAAAGGACAGGGUGAAUGGAGUGGGUAUAUCAAUUUUCAGAAAGCCAAUGGACAACAGCUGCUACGAGGCAAGACCUGAAGCAAACCCUCCACUCUGUGGAGAGUAUGACGAUCCUGAUGCAGCCUGGAACGUAUCAUUGAAGACUUGUAUGCAUAAAUUGCCAGUAGAGCCUGCCAUUCGUGGUUCACAGUGGCCAGAGGAAUGGCCAUUGAGGCUGGAGAAACCGCCAUAUUGGUUGAAAAGUUCUGAGGCUGGAGUCUAUGGGAAGCCUGCCCCGGAGGAUUUUCAGGCGGACUAUGAACACUGGAAGAGAGUCGUGAGCAAUUCAUACUUGAACGGCUUGGGUAUUGAUUGGUCUGCUGUUAGAAAUGUUAUGGACAUGAAAGCUGUAUAUGGAGGGUUUGCAGCAGCUUUGCGUGAUCUCAAGGUGUGGGUCAUGAAUGUGAUCCCGAUCGAUUCACCUGACACACUUCCAAUUAUAUAUGAACGUGGGCUUUUUGGGCUCUACCAUGACUGGUGUGAGGCAUUUAGCACGUAUCCAAGAACAUACGACCUUCUUCACGCUAACCAUCUGUUCUCCAAGGUUAAGAAAAGGUGUGAAAUAUUGCCUGUGAUCGUGGAGGUGGAUCGGAUGUUGCGACCAGAGGGCAGGCUAAUUGUAAGAGACAACAUUGAAACUAUAAAUGAGCUGGAGACUAUUGUGAAAUCGCUACACUGGGAGGUCCGGAUGUCUUACUCCCAGGACAAAGAAGGCUUGCUGUUUGUACAAAAGGCGAUGUGGCGACCAAACGAAGUUGAAGCGAAGCUAUGAUAUGAUGUACCAGGACCGACCAUUAUCAUCACCAUGACCCUGACACCGAAACCCUUGGAAGAAGAAGAAAGUAAAGAAAGGAAGAGAGCAGCAGAGAAAGGAAUGUAGAAUGGGGUUGUUUGUAAAUGGAGGAAGUUAAAUUGGGGAUUAUUUUUUGGGAGGAAUUGCAUUGGUGUACAUUAGCUAUUGUUGUUCCAUUGUGAGACGGGGGGUCGGCGACAGAAAUCUCCCUGUGCAGAUUUUGUAGAACAAGUGUAACAUAACAUAAGAGUGGGCAAUGAAUCCAUUAUAUUCAUCAGUAUUUGGGGAUUUUUGAGGCAGCUGGUGCUUUGGGAUUGUGAAAGAUGUAAGCGUUUGGUGUUGUGAAUCUGGUCUGUAUCUUCAGCUGUGGAAUUACUCCAGUAGGUAACAAAGUUAUUCGCUGGUGGAAUUAUGGAUGUUUGCAAUUUAAUUGUGAUUA